UUUGCAGAACCGGCCUUCGGGGAGGUCAACCAGCUUGGCGGAGUCUUCGUCAACGGCCGUCCCUUGCCCAACGCCAUCCGGCUUCGGAUUGUGGAACUAGCUCAACUGGGCAUCCGACCGUGCGACAUCAGCCGGCAGCUGCGCGUCUCCCAUGGGUGUGUCAGCAAGAUCCUGGCGCGCUACAAUGAGACCGGCUCCAUCUUACCAGGGGCCAUCGGAGGUAGCAAGCCGCGUGUCACCACGCCGACAGUGGUGAAACACAUCCGGACUUACAAACAAAGGGAUCCUGGCAUUUUUGCUUGGGAGAUCCGGGACAGGCUGUUGGCCGACGGCGUGUGCGACAAAUACAAUGUACCCUCUGUCAGUUCCAUUAGCCGGAUUCUGCGCAACAAGAUUGGGAACCUUUCUCAGCAGAAUCACUACGAGCCUUACAAACAGCACCAGGCAGCGCCCCAGCCAGCCCUGCCUUACAACCACAUCUACUCUUAUCCCAGCCCCAUAGCUGCAGCAGGUGCCAAGGUGCCUACCCCACCUGGCAUGCCGACCAUCCACAGCACCGUCCAUAUGCCUCGGACCUGGCCCUCCUCCCAUUCCGUCACUGACAUCUUGGGAAUUAGGUCCAUCACAGAUCAAGCAGUGAGCGACAGCUCGCCCUAUCACAGCCCCAAGGUGGAGGAGUGGAGCGGCCUGAGCAGAAGCGGCUUCACGGCCACGGCCCAGCACGUUGCGGUGAACGGGCUGGACAAGGGCUCCCUCGAGCACGAGACCAAGUACAGCCAGGCACCAAGCUGCCUUCCAACUGUCGGAAGUUUUGUCUCUGCACCAACAAUGGCGCCUUAUCCUACAGCAGCACAGGUGUCCCCUUAUAUGGCGUACAGUGCUGCUCCUUCUGGUUACGUAGCUAGUCACGGCUGGCAGCAUGCUGGGGGCACUCCACUUUCACCCCACAACUGUGAUAUUCCAGCUUCACUGGCUUUCAAGGGCAUGCAGGCAGCCAGAGAAGGUAGUCACUCCAUCACCGCCUCUGCACUCUGA